AUGCGCGCGCGCGCGGUACAUCCGCGCGCGUUCGCGUCUCCCGAUCGUCGCUGCGUCGACGCGAGCGUCGAGCGAAGAGCGUCGAGCGAAGAGCGAAAACGAAACGGUCGACCGUCCGGUCUUUGGAUUAAUUCAUGGAGCGCGCGCGCACACGUCUCCGCGCGGGCGCAGCGCUCGCGCGCGAGCGGUGGGGACCACGACGUGUACACGGUGAUGUACGGCGACACCCUGGCGGGCGUCGCGCGCGCGUGGGGGACGAGCGUGGAGACGUUGUGCGCGGCGAACGGGAUACGCUUCGGCGACGAGCGGGCGGGGGAGGACGCGCCGGCGCUCUUCGUGGGACAGCGCUUGUUGAUCCCUUCGAUCGACUAUGAUCCUUGGGAACGUGAACGCGUGGGAAUGGGUAAGUCUCGCGGAGCGCGGGCGAUGAGUGAGAGAGAGCGGGACGCGGAGUUCGAGCGCGCGCGCAGGGUAAGGAGCGAGCGAAGGCAGGCAAUGGCGCCGGUGACGCGCGCACACGCGGUGCUGAGCGGGAACACGGUCGAGGAGCUCACGAGGGAUGAGGUCGCAGGAUUGCUCGCGCAUCGCGACGUGACGGUGAUGCUGAUGUGUGAGACAAACAACUGCAAGUGGUGCGAGGACGCGCGGCCCGCGUGGACAGCCGUGGCGGUGUGCUACGCCGAGGAUCCAACCGUUCGCGUGUGUCGCUUACGAUGCGAUACCGACGAAAUGAAGCAGUUCGCGGCGAAGUACUUUCGCGCGAAAACGUUUCCGACCAUUGUGGCUCUUCCCGCGGGCAAGGGACCGGUGUAUCGCCACGCCAGUACAGAUCGAAGCGUCGCGACAUUGCUUGAGUUCGCCGAGGAAGCGUCUGGGCGCUCCAACGCGUCGGUCGCAAUCGACGUGACGAAGCCCAGGAGUGCGCCCACCCCGCCGCCGGUGAGGCAAGUUGUUGAACGCGAGCCAAAUUCGGCGGCCCAGCUCGCCCCACCGCGAAGCGGAAAUUUAUUCAAGUCACUCAACGGAGCCGUCGGGAGAGCGCUCGGAUACGACCGCGCAAACGUCGGCGUGAGCGUUGGUACAAGCGUGAAUCAGUAUUCGCCUCUCGCCGCGUCGUCAAACAUCGUGCCAAUCGCGUUGGGCGGUCUCGUGACGUUGGCGGUCUUCUCAGCGAUGGCAAACGUGAUGUUCGCCAUAAAGAGUGUCGAAGGAGAAUAUGAUGAUCGACGUCAACCGAGGAGAUUAGGGCGCCACUUCGAUGAAGAGCGCUUUUCGGACGAUUCUGAACCCAUGAGCGAUUAUGAGGAGGCUUGGGUGGAAGUUACCGAGCAGGGUGAUAUGCAGACGCUCGAUGACUGGAAAUCGCUCGUCGCCGAGGAGUUAUGGUCGCUCCCCGGUCGCGCCGUGCUACUGAUCAGGAUUUGGUUCCUCAUUGGAAGACGGAAAAUGUAUCUUGGGCUGUGGGGUGAUAGACGUCGACUCAGCAGGAGAGGUUCCAGACGCUCGAUGGACGAGUACUAUGACGACGACGAAUCUCAAAGGUAG